UAAUGCAAAAGAUAACUGUAGAAAAUAUAUAUUUUUGUUUAAUGGCGAACUAACAAUCAGAGUAAAACGUCCCAGUGUUUACUUGAACAACAGAAACACUUUUAUUUUGGCGAGCAAUUUGAUAAACAGGAAGUGCACUAGUAGAAACGAAUUUCAGAAUCUGUCAGACUCAGAAACUUGAUCCAUAAGGACUACUUUCAUCAUGAUCCGAGUCUGCUGCAUCAUCGCAGUGGCAGUUUUUUUCUUAGAAACUGGAGUAGUCCAGGCUUUGCAAGAAAACACAAAUAAUUGUUGUGGAAGACUGCAGAAGAUCAAUGAAACCUGUGCAAACAGCACACAUUGUGAUCCUGUUAUAUUCCCCAUUUCAUAUGGGUGUCUCCAUAGUCUAGAGAACAACACUGUUUUAUGCCUGCCAUGUGACCCUUUGACUUCAGAGCUGGAGAACAUGACGCUGUGCAACUACACAAGGACCAAUGAUAACCCCUCAAUAUCUGUUAAGAUAGGUGGUCCAGGGGUAGCAGCCUCUGUGCUAUUGGGGACUUUGCUGAUCAGUCUUUUCCUCAUUCUCUCUGUCGCCUCUUUCUUCUACCUCAAACGCUCCAACCGCUUGCCUGGUGUCUUCUACAGGCGAAAUAAAGCGUUCAUUUUUCAACCCAGUGAAACUGCUGUGAUGAUCCCUGCUGACACAUCCUCAGUGCGCAAACCAAGAUAUGUAAGAAGAGAGAGACCCUCUGCAUCCUCAGCUGCCAGCAGUGCAACCAUAUCAACAGGGCCAGUAACAAAAGUGUACAAUGUCACCAUCCAGUAAAGGCUAGAACUUAACUGAUAAAGUAUUGUUUACAUAUCUUAUGUUUGAGUAUUUCUUUGCUUAUUUAUAUGGGCCAUUAUGAUUGUAUAUUUUCUAGAUUCUGUAUGCACAAAUAGAGAAAGCAGGUUCUGUUUUCCUAAGAGACCAACUGUGUUCGGUGCACUUUGUUGAUAUUUUAUUUUGGUGAGGUGGGUUCUCAAAAUUUGUACUUACAUUUUUAUUAUUAUGUUAUUUUCAUGUGAUGCUUUUCAGCCUUUGUCCAAAAGAAAUCCUCAAAAGUGUUUGCUCAUGAUAGCCUUUUCCCAACACAACAGCCUUUAUGGUUUAGGUUGUGUUGUUUAAUGUGGUAACAAAACUCUCAAAUCCUUUUGUGGCUGUAAUUUUGCAGGUUAAUGUUAUCACUUUGCUCCUGAUGCUAAAUAAUUGUAAUGUUUUGCAUAUUUAAUCCAGAAGUCAGUUGGAGAGCUGCAAAAUGUCAAAUUAUUGUGAAGCUGUUGUACCUUGGCUCUUCUUGCACUUUUGCCAAUGACGGCCUAUUAACAUAUGUUUGGAGAAAAAGCGCCAAGUUGUAACCCAUUAUUUAGUUUAAACUUACGUACCAGUUCCCAUGUUAAAGCACUACAAAUUUCAACCAAAUAUGAAGUUUGCGAAAGGUUCUUCAGCCCUUAUAAAUCCCUAUUUAAUACUCUUCCUUUGUUCUUGCAUUUGCCAUGUUUAUUUUAUGCCACAGGAUCACAGUGGAAGAAUGUGAAUGUGCCUGAAUAUGGUCUGCCAAUUUGUUGCAUAUAGUGAUUGAUUGCACAGCCAACACCACUGAAGUGCCAAAAAAAGAUAUAAACAAAAUAUACACUGUGUUGUCUUUUUAGGCAGGGUCUGGAAAGGUUUGCUGUUGAAUUGCUUAAUUAUUGUGUGCAUGUUGUGUAGAUAGUAUGAGCAGAACAGUCUUAUGAAUGUUCAUACAAUGUCAGCAUUUCGAUUCUUUUUUUUGUUGUUUAAAAAUAUAUAUUUUUGUUUUUUCAUGUGGUACUGUUUGAUUUAAGGUUGGCUUUAUCUAAUUCUGAAGUAUUUCUGUUUUGUUUUUUAUUAUGUUUUAUAGUGGAAUGAUCAAACUCCUUUACAGUGUGAGGUGAAAAAUAGCAUUAUUAUUUUUAGCUAAAUAAAAAAGCAAAAGCCAAAACAUGAAUUUUUGAAGAGAUGUAGUAUCUGUUAAGAAAAUAACCACUCCGUUUUAUUAGCUGUUGUGCAGCCACUGGAAAUCUUGUACAAAUUGUUUUUAUAUAUUGAUGUAUAGAUUUAUGAUGCUGUGUUCUUUGUAUGUUGGUAUUUAAAUUGUAAUAAUCAUUAGGUUUAAAAGAUCUAAUGUCUACUUCAGUGUUUACAGAAAUAAAGACUUAAUUUAUCUAGAAGA